UAACACAUUCAUCGUUGAUCCCAGCGAAGAGAGAAGGAUGCCUGAACCAGCGAAGUCUGCCCCCAAGAAGGGCUCUAAGAAAGCGGUGACAAAGACCGCCGGGAAAGGAGGCAAGAAGAGGAGAAAGACCAGGAAGGAGAGCUACGCCAUCUACGUGUACAAGGUGCUCAAGCAGGUGCACCCCGAUACCGGCAUCUCCUCUAAGGCCAUGGGCAUCAUGAACUCCUUCGUCAGCGACAUCUUCGAGCGCAUCGCCGGUGAGGCCUCCCGUCUGGCUCACUACAACAAGCGCUCCACCAUCACCUCCAGGGAGAUCCAGACCGCCGUCCGCCUGCUGCUGCCCGGUGAGCUGGCCAAGCACGCCGUGUCUGAGGGCACCAAGGCCGUCACCAAGUACACCAGCUCCAAGUAAACUGAUCCUGAUAUCUACAACAACCCAAAGGCUCUUCUAAGAGCCACCACCUCUUCUAUUAAGACAUAUUCCAAAUGUCCUUACUUUAUGUUGACUACAGCAAACAAAUUGAGAAAUUAUA